GGAACAAGAACAACAGUAAGUGCUAAUAAUACAACAAGAGGGAAGGAAAGAAGAGAACCCCUAUCUAUCCCUUCCUUGUAGGCUUCAAUGGCUUCUUCUGCAACUCUCACUUCUUCACUUUCCUCUCUCUCAAUUCUUCACAGUCACAGUCACAGUCACACCUCUUCCCGUUUCUCUCUCCUCCACGCUCCCAAUCCCAAAUUCACAUUCUCUAUCCUCACCCAACAACCACAAUCAUCAUUACCAUUGCUCACCACCACCAAAAAAGCAAAAUCCUCCGAUGAAAUUGACACAAGCUUCUUCGACAACGUGAACCCUGAAGAAAACAUUCCUUUCAAUCCCCCAGAAGUCCCUGAAGACUUCGUUGCCCCUCCUUCCAUCGACGAGGGUCCUUUGGAGACCGAAGACGAAAUAGCCGCAGCGUACGAGGAGCUUUAUGGUCCUGCGUACAGUGGCGUCAGUGUUCUGGGAAAUGACAUAUACGUUAUGGACGCAAAGGUGAGGAAAGAAACUGGGUUCGGUUCGAAAUCCAAGAGGGAGAAGACGAGGGAUGGUUUUGAAGAAAGGGUGGUUCAAGUGAGAAGGGUAACCAAGGUGGUCAAAGGAGGGAAACAGAUGCGGUUCAGGGCGGUUGUGGUGGUUGGUGACAAGAAUGGCCAAGUGGGUGUUGGUGUUGGCAAGGCCAAGGAGGUUGUAGGUGCUGUUCAGAAGUCUGCUGUCAAUGCAAGGAGGAAUAUCAUCAAAGUGCCUUUGACAAAGUACUCCACUUUCCCACAUAGAGCCGACGGAGAUUAUGGAGCAGCCAAAGUGAUGCUUAGACCUGCUUCUCCUGGUACUGGAGUUAUUGCAGGUGGGGCUGUGAGAAUUGUUCUAGAAAUGGCAGGAGUUGAAAAUGCUUUGGGAAAGCAACUAGGGAGUAAUAAUGCGCUCAACAAUGCCCGAGCAACGGUUGUUGCAGUGCAGAAAAUGAAGCAGUUCCGUGAGGUUGCACAGGAGCGUGGGAUCCCAAUGGAAGAACUAUGGAAAUGACGAAAAUUCUGAAGCCUUUUUGUGAAUUUUUUACAUCGAUCUUUGUGACGUAGAAUUGAACUUGUCCAUUUACCAAAAAAAAAAAAAAAAGAAUUGAACUUGUCCCUCUCUUCAAAAAGUGAAAAAGUAGUUCGUUUUUGUUGGAAUUUUUCUAGAAGGAAAAUAAUUUCUUCAGAUUCAACUUGUAUCCAAAUUGAAGAGAUUCCUAAA